AUGGACAGUAAGAAGAUCCAAGAGACGCUGCGCAAGCAGUAUGAUGCGCUAUCCACACUGGAUGAUGAAGGUAUCGAUAGGAUGAUCCGCCAGUCAGAAGACUUCAUGGGCGGGAUAGCAGGUCUGUUGCUCGAGCAGGCCGGCCUUGACUCAGGGACCACAACGAGCUUUGACCUUGUCGACCACGCUUGUGGCACAGGCCCGAUCGCUGCCCGGCUGCAACAGACGAUCCAACCAGACGUCCUGCGUCAGAGCAAGAUUCUCUGCGCAGACGUAAACCAAGCGUUUGUUGACAUUCUCACUAAGCGUGUGCGGAAGCUCGACUGGAUCAACGUUGAAACCAAGGUUCUGGAUGCUCAGUCACCAUCGAUUGAUCUAACCAGCAAGCUGCAGGAUUCGGGCAUGGCUGGAGGUCUGUUCGACUAUAUGACGCUCAACUUCGCAUUGCACAUUAUCCCAGAGCCAGAAGCUGUGCUGCGAGGUAACUUGCCUCCAACCUCCUCAAGACAGUCAGACGAGCUAAUUGGCAAUUCAGAGGCUUGUCGCGUCCUGCGCCCAGGAGGGACUCUCGCAUUCAGCGUCGUUCAUGCUGAUACCGGUGUCGCGGGUGGGUGGGUGCCCGAUCUACGGUCAACGCUCGAGACACUGCCUUUCAAGACUCCUCUCCCCAGUCCAGUGCAGAUGGCAGUCCACGGCAAGCCAGAGUGGGUUGACCCAGAAGGCAUCAAGAAGGCUCUAUCAGCGCAUGGCUUUGUUGAUAUUGUAGUAAGGACUAUCGGCACGCCUCAGCACGUAAAAGGUCCUGAGGAGUUCGCGACAAAAUUCUCCAUGAUUUUCAAGUGGAUCAUGGACACAUAUUGGACUGAGGAGCAGAUCGCGGAGUACCAGGCUGGGUUUCGUGAUAGGGUCAUUGAGCACCUGACUGAGAAACAUGGGAAUUCUGGGUGGGACCUACAGGGAACCGCAAUUCUUGCGACGGCGAAGACGCCUCAAUAG